GAAGGUCCAAAAAGGCAGUGCUGCACAAACGGACGAUCCUAAGAACAGACUUUCUCUCUCUAUCUCUCUUUUCUCUCUCACAACUGUCCUUUAUCUACAGAAAGAAGAAUCAUCGCUAAAAUCAAUAAUAAAUAAUAAUAUAAAUAUAUAAAUUAAUUAUUGCCCUUUCUCUCUCAUAUAUAAAAUAUAUACACAUUAUACCAAAAAAAAAAGAAGCAAAAGUUGCUCUCUGUUUUACCCAUUUCUUUUCUCUCUAUCAAGAUUGUGUGUUUUUAUUGAGUCUUGUUUCUAUUUUUUUUUUGUUACCAUUAUAGUACAGACGAUCUCAACUGGGUGGGUGGUGCUUUGCUCUUUUGCCUUUUUAUUUCCAUCAAUGGAAACCCUUUAGAUAAGGCAGACAGGAAAAUCUGAAGAAGAGAUCUUUUGGGUGAUUUUCAUUUCUUUUUGAUAGAAAAGUUGUGUGUUUGUGCUUGAUCAUGGCGGUUGCUGAGAAUGCUGGAGCCAAAAACGCUACUUCAGGUCAAAAUUUUGACAGUACUGUAACCGUAGUAUCAUCGGACUCCAAUGAUCUUGAAAGAUCAAAACCUAGAAAUGAAUCUUUGGUCAACUCUAAGGAAUCAAAAGAUGAUGAUGAUGUGGCUGUUAAUAAUAACAGCAAGUGUGAACUUCAAGAAAGUGUAACUAACGGGACCCAGAUGCAGAAAAGGUUUGAUACGAGUGAGCAGCAGCAACAGAUUGUGGCGAAGUCUGUUGUUGUUAAUGGUGGUGGUGGGUAUGGGACCAAUCAUCAGAUUCAAAGGGCUAAAUCUGAUAAUGGGUUGAAUGAUAUGAGUGAUUUGGUUGAGAUUUUGUCUAAUUUGAAUCCUAUGGCUAAAGAGUUUGUUCCUCCUUCACUUGUUAACAAUCAUGGCUAUCUGGGUAAUGGGUUUGGCUAUACUAACAACUUUCCAGCUCAAACUAAUCCUGGGAAUGCCAUUGGAAAUACUAUUAAAAGGAAGAAGAAUAGCUUUAAUCAAGGAAGGCGAAGGAUGAACACUAGGACAAGUAUGGCUCAGCGUGAGGAUGUUAUCAGGAGGACUGUAUAUGUUUCUGACAUUGAUCAACAGGUUACUGAAGAGCAGCUUGCAGGUCUCUUUGUUCAUUGUGGACAGGUGGUUGAUUGUCGAAUAUGUGGUGAUCCUAACUCUGUUCUCCGAUUUGCCUUCAUUGAAUUUACAGAUGAAGAAGGGGCCAGAGCUGCUUUAAAUUUGUCAGGAACAGUGCUUGGUUUUUACCCUCUAAGGGUGCUGCCUUCCAAAACUGCAAUUGCACCUGUUAACCCCACAUUUUUGCCAAGGUCCGAAGAUGAACGUGAGAUGUGCGCAAGGACUGUUUAUUGUACAAAUAUUGACAAGAAGGUUACUCAGGCAGACGUCAGGCUCUUCUUUGAAUCUUUUUGCGGAGAGGUUCAACGCUUGAGGCUUCUCGGGGACUAUCAUCAUUCGACUCGCAUUGCUUUUGUUGAAUUCACAGUGGCUGAAAGUGCAAUUUUAGCACUCAACUGUAGUGGUGCAGUUCUGGGAUCUUUGCCGAUAAGGGUGAGCCCAUCAAAGACACCAGUUCGGCCUCGCAUUCCGCGCUCUCCCUUGCACUGAGUCAUGCUUAACGCCUCCCUGGACUAAUCACCCGUUGAUAGAGAUAUAUUUAUAUAUAUACAUACAUAGAUACUGAAAUAUUUUAAAGGUACUUGUGGCGUUUGUCUAUCAUUGUCCUUGCAUCACAGCCCGGUAUCUUUGUUUCCUAUAGAGGGUUGUUUAUGGUUGUUCUUAGCUCAUAGAGUUGGAUGGGAUUCCGAGGAUAUGAAUGGCUUUAUUUAACGAUGCACAAUUGACGUUUGAAAACUGACUCAUUCUACUA